AGCAGAAGAAGGAACAGCAGAGCAGAGAAGAAGAUUGAAGAUUGAAGAUUGUUGGUAAGAGGCAGAGAAAAUGCAAAUCUUUGUGAAAACUCUGACUGGUAAAACCAUAACCCUAGAGGUUGAAUCCAGUGACACUAUUGACAAUGUUAAGGCUAAGAUUCAAGACAAGGAAGGAAUUCCUCCUGACCAGCAAAGGCUGAUUUUUGCUGGUAAGCAGCUUGAAGAUGGCCGCACUCUUGCUGACUAUAACAUCCAGAAAGAGUCGACUUUGCAUUUGGUGCUGAGGCUUCGUGGAGGAAUUAUUGAACCUUCAUUGAUGGCUUUGGCUAGGAAGUACAAUCAGGAAAAGAUGAUUUGCCGCAAGUGCUAUGCUCGCCUGCAUCCCCGUGCUGUCAACUGCCGCAAGAAGAAGUGUGGGCACAGUAACCAGUUGAGGCCUAAGAAGAAGAUCAAGUAGAUGGUGAAUUUGAAUUCCUGUCAACAUGUAGUUGCUGAUGUUGAGAUCCUUGAGAAACUGAUUAUUAGAUAUAUCGUUGUGUUGCCUGUUCAAUUUUAUCCUAAAAACAUUGCUGAAUUUGUGUUUGAGCAAUAUCAAAGAUUUUGAGCUGUUUUGAGUA